CGGGUGCGCUUCCUCGCGAACGCAACAACCAAAUGUACGUCAUGCGUUGACAUGGGAUGGCGUCUGCCUUUCACCUCUGAUCUAAAAGUUCCACCCGGCUAACGUUCUAUAAUGCUGAUUGCCAUCACCUUGCUAGUCGACACCAUAUGUAAGUUGAUUUAUUCCGCACUUUUCGCUGAGAAUCCGCCGCCCGAGGAAAAUACGAGCCAGGAGUCAACCGAACAUCGUGAGGAGCUCAAAGAUAAACUCGCCCAAAAGAACCCAUUGUCCCAAAAAAACAAGAUCAUUUGUCCUUAAACUCGAAAUUCAAGUUUGCUUGUAGGAAGACGUGAGAGAAGUAUGUUGAUAACAGCCACCAUCCUGACGUACUGGGUUAUGUGCGGCAUCAGCUACUGGCUCGGGUUCGAUGACGACGCCAACUACGAUAACAACUACUGCAACAACUACCGCUUUGAGCGCUACUACAUCCGAAAAUCAGCCAAGGCCCCCAAAGUCUCCCAUGUCAGAGAUAAAGGCGCUCCCUCCCAUUGACUGGGCCCUACAGGUCUUGAUUUAACACCGUAACAACUGCUGCAACCGCUACCGUUUUGAAAGCUACUGCAACCGAAAAUUAGUGAAGUUUUUUAAAGUAUCCAACGGAAGAAAUAAAAGCGCUCCCUUCCAGUGGCUAAGCCAUACAGUUCUUGAUUUACUAUUCGUCUGUUAUUGCCUUCAUCAUUUGUGUUUCAUGCUGUGAGAAUCUCCACAUCUGAUAUAGAUUUAGCCGCCAGUUGAUGGUUGGUGUGUAGUUCACAAGUUGCAAGAGUUUGUGUCGCCGUUGAAAAUUUCGGUUAGGAAGUUGACCAUGACGCAGUCAGGAAGUAACGUGACCGGGGAUUGGAUGAAAUGGGAGGACCACAGUGAGGCGCUGCUCGACCCACGGUGUAGGCAGGUACUGGGGCAGUUUUACAGCUGCAACGCGGAACACCGCCAACUGCAGGCUGUGACCGUGAAGCCAGCCAUCCAACCCCCAGAAAAUCUGGCCAUCGAGGGCGUGGUUCUGCACCUCCCCAACUCCCUCCCCAGUGACCGGUGCCAGGACCGGCAACCCAGGUCCUACAGGAAGAAGACCCAGCAGGGCGUGGUAGUGGGGUGCCAACAGGACCCCGCUCUCAAGUUCGCCUUCCAUUGCAGUCCCUGGGUCCUCAACAGCACACAGAUCCGCCGUCUCAGUCCCAAGUCGCCGUUCACGUUACUCUAAACAUACGUCUGGUCGUGGCUAGUAGUUUGACCUUCCCCAGCAAGGGUUAUGAAUCGAAUCCAACAGUUUAACAGUUGAACCUACAUUGUCUGAAUCAUCCUAGCAGUUUAACCUAAAUAAUCCAACAGUUCAACUUACAGCAUCUGAAUCAUUCCAGUAGCUCAACACUUGCCCAGCCAACGCUAUGAAUCCAACAGUUUAGCAGUUUGACAUACAGCAUCUGAAUCAUCUCAGCUAACCUAAAGAAUCCAUCAGUUCAACCUACAGCAUCUGAAUCAUUCCAACAGUUUAACACGUCCCAACUCUAAAGAAUCCCACAGUUUAACAGUUUAACCCACGGCAUCUGAAUCAUUCCAGUAGUUUAACCUAAAGAAUCCAACCGUUUACCCUGCAGCAUCUGAAUCAUCCCAGUGGUUUAAAACAUCAAUAGAAUUCAAAUCAUCCAUAGAAUUCAUCAGUUUUAAACCACCAACAACGGUGUAAUCACCCAUCAACUACUGACCCACUUACAAAAGCAUCAUGAUCCAGCAUUUAAAAACCACACCUGAAUAGAGCCCCUAAAAAACACAACAUUUUGUUAGCGUUUCACCAACCAAAGCUUAUGGAUAAGGAGUUAAAAACAAAACUAGUCAAUUUAAAGGUGAUUUGAAGCCAUGGACUACUAGGUUUUAGGUUGUUUAAAACUUUGUAGUUGGCCUUUUUUGUAUUGAAACUUCAGAUUACCCGACUAAUUACUGCUACAUACCAUUGCUUACAAUACCAUAAUAUGGCUUCUUUAGGUUGUGUAGGAUAAUCUACUGUUGACAUAUAUCAUAAAUGUAUGCAUUUUUUAAAUCGCUACUUUAAAUUGUGUACAUGAAUGUACUAGUGCUACUGUUGACAUAUAUCACACAUAUAUGUAUGCAUUUUUUAAUUGCUACUUUAAAUUGUGUACAUUUAUGUACUAGUUGACAUGCACAACACAUAUAUGUAUGCGUUUAUUUAUUGCUACUUUAAAUUGUGUACAUUUAUGUACUAGUUGACAUGCACAACACAUAUAUGUAUGCGUUUAUUUAUUGCUACUUUAAAUUGUGUACAUUUAUGUACUAGUUGACAUAUAUCACACAUAUAUGUAUGCAUUUUUUAUCGCUACUUCAAAUUGUGUACAUUCGUGUACAUUCGUGUACUAGUGCUACUGUUGACUGAAUGUGUAUGAAUUCCACAUCUUCUGUAUAACAACUGUAUCGUGAUAUCCCAUCCUGGUAGAGAGCGCCAUUCACCAUUUUUAGAAGCUAAUUCAUCAAAAUAAAAACGAUGCUUUUCUGAAUACUUUUUCCAUCCAAGUUUUUAAGAAUUUAAAAUUUGUAUAAAAUGGGGAAUUAAAGUCUCUUAACAUUU